AUGACGAGGAAGCACGCGGGCACCGGCGUCCUCCGCGCCCUCGUCGCCGUCGCGGCCUCCGUCGCGUCCGCCUCGUCCCGGACGCCCCCGAGGCGCGCCGCGCCCUACCUCGCCGUCCUCCUCCGCCGGGGCCGCGCCGAGGCCGCGGCGCGCCUCAACCGCCACCUCCGCCUGCUGCCUCUCCCGGAGUCCCCCGCCCUCCUCUCGGCGCUCCCCUCCGUCCGCGACGCCGUCUCCUACAACACCGUCCUCGCCGCGCUCUGCCGCCAGGGCUGCCUCGACGCCGCGCUCUUCCUCCUCCGCGUCAUGUCGCACGAGCCCCGCCUCGCCUGCCGCCCCAACGCCAUCUCCUACACCACCCUCAUGCGCGCGCUCUGCGCCGACCGUCGCGCGGGCCAGGCCGUCGGGCUGCUUCGGUCCAUGCAGGACUGCGGCGUCCGCCCCGACGUGGUCACCUACGGCACGCUCAUCCGUGGGCUGUGCGACGCCGCGGACGUUGACAAGGCCGUGGAGCUGCUGAAUGAGAUGUGCGAUAGUGGUAUCGAGCCCAACGUGGUUGUGUACAGUUCUUUACUCCAUGGGUACUGCAAGACCGGGAGGUGGGAAAGCGUAGGCAAGGUGUUCGAAGAAAUGUCUGACAAGGGUAUUGAGCCCGAUGUUGUGAUGUACACUAGUUUGAUCGAUAGCCUGUGUAGACACGGGAAGGUAACAAAGGCAGCGCGGGUGAUGGAAAUGAUGGCGGAGCGGGGGUUGGAGCCAAACGUGGUGACCUACAAUGUGCUGAUCAAUUCCAUGUGCAAGGAAGGGUCUGUGAGGGAGGCGCUCGAUUUGCGGAUGAAUAUGCUGGAGAAGGGCGUGCAACCAGAUGUUGUGACAUAUAACACACUCAUCACAGGGCUAUCUAGUGUGCUUGAGAUGGAUGAGGUGAUGGCGUUGCUAGAGGAGAUGAUGCAAGGUGAAACUAAAGUUAGGCCUGACUUGAUGACAUUCAACUCGGUUAUACAUGGACUUUGUAAGAUUGGUUGGAUGCGGCAAGCGUUUGAGGUCCGUGCCAUGAUGGCUGAGAAUGGAUGCAGGUGUAACUUGGUGACAUUUAACCUGCUAAUUGGUGGACUCCUUAGAGUCCACAAGGUAAAGAAGGCCAUGAAGCUGAAGGAUGAGAUGGCUAGUUCUGGACUGCAGCCUGAUUCGUUCACCUAUAGCAUAUUGAUAAAUGGCUUCUGUAAAAUGCGGCAAGUUGAACGUGCGGAAAGCCUCUUGUCUGAAAUGAGACGUCAAGGGAUGGAGCCUGAGCCAGUUCACUAUAUUCCUUUGCUUAAAGCUAUGUGUGAUCAAGGCAUGAUGGGGCAGGCUAGGGAUUUGUUCAAUGAAAUGUAUAUGAACUGCAAAUUAGAUGCUGCUGCAUAUAGCACUAUGGUCCAUGGUGCUUUCAAAUCAGGGGAGAAGAAAAUUGCAGAAGAGUUUCUUAAAGAUAUGAUUGAUGAGGGACUGAUUCCUGAUGCUGUGACAUAUUCUAUCCCAAUCAACAUGUUUGCAAAAUCUGGAGACCUGGCAGCGGCGGAGCGGGUGCUUAAACAGAUGAAAGCAAGUGGCUUUGUGCCUGACGUUGCUGUAUUUGAUUCACUGAUCCAAGGUUAUGGAGCUGAAGGCGACACCGAGAAGGUUCUUGAGUUAACUCGUGAAAUGACAGCCAAGGGUGUAGCACUUGAUCCUAAAAUUAUUUCAACUAUUGUCACUUCUCUUGGGGCAAGCAUUGAAGGGCAAGAGUUAUUGCAGAGCUUGCCUGGUUUUGAUAAAGAAAUAUCAAAAGGCGAUGCCAUUUUGCCCCAUGAUGUAAUGAAUAUGCUACAAAAACAAUGCACCAAACCUGAAUCCCCUGCUCCUUGCUGAGCUCUGAUCCCAAUUCAGUGCAGUCUAUAUCAUCCAAGGCAAAGCUGAAAGCAAUGACAUGUGAGAGUAAACGUACAUACUCAAAUGAUCAAAUCUUGCUCACACACUUAUUUGUCAGACUCUUGGUUAAGUGGCAUCUUCAAAUUUCAUGUGGUACGACAAUUCAGCAUCCUUAAAGAGUUGCGGAUAUUUUGACAUGUAGUGGUAUGUAUCUUCAGAUAAACUAAACAGUUGGAGUGUUGACAUCAAAGAUGGGAUGUUCAUAAAUCCAGCAAGGAGAAAUGCCAUCUUCACUAGGUUUUAAGAUGAGCAUGUCCACGACAAAGAUGGUUUAUAAGGGGCUAACCGCCAAAGCUUGUAGGGGCUUUUCACAGGUUCCAAAACCCGCUGAGGUAGCCUGAACCAAACAACACAGCUGCUCCAUUUACCAGGUUUGGUAUGGGUUUCAAACCAAACCUGUCAGGCUGUCUAUACUGAUACACUACCAGGGUGGUAUGGUUGCGGCGCACCAGACACUUUGAGCCUGAGUUGCGUGGUGGAGUUGUCGAUGGCAGUAUGGCACCAUCUCUCAUCAAAGCCCAAAACCUGCUGCUGUGUUUCCUUGACAUGCCACUACCUCCGAGCAAGAGUUUUUCUACCAGCGAUGACGAACGGAUCAAGAACCAUUCCUGCAAUCCUGCUUACAUGCCAGUCGCUCCGCAGCCAAUGUUCCAAAGGCCUUAUCCUUGCUGGCAGAGUUAGAGGUGGCCGGUGGGCAUCUGUAUUGCCAAGGCCUAGUAUGGUAAUGCUCGUCUCUUUUAGUUCUCCUUCUCUUUGACGAACCAAUUUUGUUGUAUUUUCAUGUACUAUAUGUGUAGCUUCUUGUCCGGAUAAAAAAUUGUGAUCUAACCUUGUUCCCACUGUCAAUUUCUUUUAUUGUAAUAUAUUGUUACACUGCAGUAC